AAACAUCACUAAUCAAACACUUUCAAAAUCCCAAUCUCUCUCUCUCAUGGAAGUCUCUCCAUUUUCGUUUCUCAACCCAGAUGAUUACACUAAUUUUUACAGCAUCUUCCAAGAGACACAGGAAGAAGAUAUCAUCACCAAAAAGCGGCGAAGAACCGAAGAACAAGUCCCUGAAGAGGUUGUAUUGAACGACGUAGUCGCUACAUUGUUGUUCUUGGACGAAGAACAGAAAUCAGAGCAACAACAAUACCACAAAUCGCAAUCCAUGAACAACGACUAUUCCAAUCAAUUUCAUAAUCUUGAUGACACUCAACAACUCAAAACCAAAAGGACUCGCUGCGAAGUCUCCGACAAUUCGGCCCAAUUGGGUGGUGGUUCCGGCGGCCAGCACCGCCGUUUGUGGGUCAAAAACCGGUCGAAAGCGUGGUGGGAACACUGCAAUCACCCAGAUUUCCCAGAAGAAGAGUUUCGCAGAGCGUUUCGGAUGAGCAGAGCAACCUUCGAUUUGAUCUGCGACGAGCUCGAUUCGGCUGUGAACAAGAAAGACACAAUGCUUCGAAUGGCAAUCCCAGUUCGCCAACGCGUUGCUGUGUGUAUAUGGAGAUUAGCAACAGGUGAGCCACUUCGUGUCGUGUCGAAACGAUUUGGGUUGGGGAUUUCGACUUGUCACAAGCUUGUUCUUGAGGUUUGCUCGGCGAUCAAGAGUGUUCUAAUGCCUAAAUUUCUUCAAUGGCCUGACGAGAGUAAAUUGAAGGAGGUUAAAGAUGAAUUUGAAUUGAUUUCUGGGAUUCCCAAUGUGGGUGGCUCAGUAUACACAACACAUGUUCCCAUUAUUGCCCCAAAGACUAGUGCUGCUGCUUAUUUCAAUAAGAGGCACACGGAGCGAAAUCAGAAGAAUUCUUAUUCAAUUACUGUUCAAGGGGUUGUUGAUUCUAAGGGGGUUUUCACUGAUGUUUGCAUUGGAUGGCCUGGUUCAAUGCCUGAUGAUAAGAUUUUGGAAAAGUCUGCCUUGUUUCAACGCGCCAAUCGGGGGCUUUUGAAGGAUGUUUUGAUUGCAGGGAAUUCUGGGUACCCAUUAAUGGAUUGGGUUUUGGUUCCUUACACUCACAAAAACCUCACUUGGGCUCAACAUGCUUUCAAUGAGAAAAUUGGUGAGGUUCAUGGGGUUGCAAAAGAGGCUUUUGGGAGGUUGAAAGGGAGGUGGACUUGUUUGCAGAAGAGAACAGAGGUGAAACUCCAAGACUUGCCGGUAGUUCUUGGGGCGUGUUGUGUAUUGCACAACAUUUGUGAGAUGAGAAAUGAAAUAAUGGAUCCGGAGCUGUGGUUCGAUAUCUUCGAUGAUGAGAUGGUGCUGGAGAAUAGUGUGAGGUCUGUCGGUGCUGAGCAAGCCAGGCAUCACAUUGCUCACAAUCUCUUACACCAUAAUUUUGCAGGCCCUACUGCUCGUCUAUAGUGAACUCUAUUAAUUUUUUGUGUCACUCACUGGCCUUGAUUCUUUUUCCAUGGCUUGUUAUAUAUAUAGUCAUGUUAUAGAAUAAUAUAAUUGUUUUAUUUUGGAUAGGUGUCAAUGCAUCAUUGUAUUUUUUUGUGAGUUCUAAUAGACAGAUUAUUGCCCUCUCUAAUGAAUUGAUGCAUAGCUAUCCAAAUUACAAUUGGUUCUUGUUGCAACAUGUUUUUCAUAUUCAGUGAAUCAAUGAAUCGAAAUUAUCCAUUA